AAUUUGAAGAGCACCACAUACAAACAAGACUGAACUAGGUACCUACCACCUUCCAACAAAAGUAAUCGGUUUGCUUGGAAGACUUACUUGAAUAUAAACUGCUACAUUUAAAGAAUUAUAAUUCUGAACAAUUCAAUUAAAAUUUUGCAAUGGCUGAUACAAAUAAAGAGCAAUCCGUUGCAAAGAUUAUGAUAUAUGUCUGUGGAGAAUGUCAUAAAGAAAAUGAAAUAAAACCAAAAGACCCAAUCAGGUGCAGAGAAUGUGGCUAUAGAAUUAUGUACAAGAAGAGGACAAAAAGAUUGGUUGUAUUUGAUGCUCGAUGAUGGAAGAAUACUACAGAUUCAAUUUACAUUUAGUUUAUUAUCCAUCCAUACAAUGUAUAUAUUUAAACAAUAAAUGAGUAAAUAUUUGACAA